GGCUGUGUGUCACUGUGGAAUGAGAGGAGUCGGGGCUCCAGUAGACAGAGCAGUGUCCCACUACCUGGAGAGCCAGCCUGUCUCUUCUACAGACACAUGGACAACCCAGCAGUGAGUGGCCGAUCAAACUCAACACACACUAACAAUUGUGCAUAGGAUCAACCUGGACUCAGGAAUAGAUGUAACAUAGUAAAUGUAAAUCCGGGACACUCCAAUUAGUAUAUGUUACGUUUCGUAUGGUAUGUAUUAAUUUGUGGAUGUCCAUCAUCCAUUUCUUAUGAUAUGUUACGAAUUUGCUAAACGUAUUAUAUGUUACGAAUUCCAAUUUGUUGUGGCUACAGUUAGCGAGGUGGCUAACUUUAGCGAGUUGGCUAACGUUAGCUAGGCUAGGGGUUAAGCUUAAGAGUAAGGUUAGGGGAAGGGUAAGCUAACAUGCUAAGUAGCUAAAAGGUAGUAAGUAGUUGUAAAGUUGAACACGCUGCCUUUGGAUUGCUAGACAUUUGCGCUAUACGCCCACUGCUUAAGUUGUCCGUGAUGAGAUUCGAACACGCAAACUUUAGAUUGCUAGACGUUCGCGUUAUAUACGCCCACCCAUCCACCCCGACCAAACACCCUACUUUCAUUUUUGCCUUAAGUCAUCUUCUGUCUUAAGUAACCAUACCAAACAAUACAUAUCAAACUAAUUUGAGUGUCCCGGAUAUAUGUUUACUGUGUUACGUCUAGUCUAUGAGACCAGUCUGAUAGGAUACACUUAAUGUAAGUAAGCCUUGUCCAACCCAGAACGGGGCAGGAACCUAUUCUUGGACGCUAGUCUGUCUCAGAACGCUAUUCAAUCGCAGGGCCUUAACCCCAAGUCAGCCCGAUAUUUGCUAUGACUCGAUCAGGGAUCAAACCCUCAACCUUCCAAUCUCAGAAUGCACACUAACAACACAUUUCAUGCACCUAUCUGGUGUACAGUGCAUUCGGGAAGGUAUUCAGACCCCUUGACUUUUCCCACAUUUUGUGACGUUACAGCCUUACUCUAAAAUGGAUUACAUAAAACAUUUUCCUCAUCACAAUACCCCAAAAUGACAAAGCAAAAACAGGUUUUUAGAAUUAAAAAUAAAUACCUUAUUUACAUACACUACCAGUCAAAAGUUUGGACACACCUACUCUUUCAAGGGUUUUUAUUUAUUUGUACUAUCUUUUACAUUGUAGAAUAAUAGUGAAGACAUCAAAACUAUGAAAUAACACAUAUGGAAUCAUGUAGUAACCAAAAAAGUGUUAAACAAGUCAGCUUUGCACACUCUUGGCAUUCUCUCAACCAGCUUCAUGAAGUAGUCACCUGGAAUGCAUUUCAAUUAACAGGUGUGCCUUCUUAAAAGUUAAUUUGUGGAAUUUAUUUCCUUCUUAAUGCGUUUGAGCCAAUCAUUUGUGUUGUGACAAGGUAGGGGGGGUAUACAGAAGAUAGCCCUAUUUGGUAAAAGACCAAGCCCAUAUUAUGGCAAGAACAGCUCAAAUAAGCAAAGAGAAACAACAGUCCAUCAUUACUUUAAGACAUGAAGGUCAGUCAGUACGGAGAUUUUCAAGAACUUUGAAAGUUUCUUCAAGUGCAGUCGCAAAAACCAUCAAGCGCUAUGAUGAAACUGGCUCUCAUGAGGACAGCCACAGGAAUGGAAGACCCAGAGUUACCUCUGCUGCAGAGGAUAAGUUCAUUAGAGUUACCAGCCUCUCAAAUUGCAGCCCAAAUUAAUGCUUCACAGAGUUCAAGUAACAGACACAUCUCAACAUCAACUGUUCAGAGGAGACUGCGUGAAUCAGGCCUUCAUCAAUCAAUCAAUCAAUCAAAUGUAUUUAUAAACCCCUUUUUACAUCACCAGAUGUCACAAAGUGCUAUACAGAAACCCAGCCUAAAACCCCAAACAGCAAGCAAUGCAGAUGUAGAAGCACGUGGCUAGGAAAAACUCCCUAGAAAGGCAGAAACCUAGGAAGAAACCUAGAGAGGAACCAGGCUCUGAGGGGUGGCCAGUCCCCUUCAUACUGUGCCGGGUGGCGAUUAUAACAGUACAUGGCCAUUAAGGCCAGAUUUUUCUCCAAGAUGUUCAAAUGUUCAUAGAUGACCAGCAGGGUCAGUACAUCAGGAGUAAAUGUCACUUGGCUUUUCAUAGCCAGGCAUUUAGAGGUUGAAAUAGCAGGUGCGGUAGAGAGAGAGAGUUGAAAACAGCAGGUCUGUGACAAGGUAGCACGUCCGGUGAACAGGUCAGGGUUCCAUAGCCGCAGGCAGAAGAGUGGAAACUGGAGCAGCAGCACGACCAGGUGGACUGGGGACAGCAAGGAGUCAUCAGGCCAGGUAGUCCUGAGGCAUGGUCCUAGGGCUCAGGUCCUCCUGGGAGGGGAGGGAGAGAGAGAGAAUUAGAGGGAGCAUACUUAAAUUCACACAGGAUUUGGUCGAAUUGCUGCAAAGAAACCACUACUGAAGGACACCAAUAAGAAGAGACUUGCUUGGGCCAAGAAACACGAGCAAUGGACAUUAGACCGGUGGAAAUGUGUCCUUUGGUCUGGAGUCCAAAUUUGAGAUUUUUGGUUCCAACCGCCGUGGCUUUGUGAGACGCGGUGUGGGUGAACAGAUGAUCUCCGCAUGUGUAUUUCCCACCGUAAAGCAUGGAGGAGGAGGUGUUAUGGUGUGGGGGUGCUUUGCUGGUGACACUGUGAUUUAUUUAGAAUUCAAGGCACACUUAACCAGCAUGGCUUUCACAGCAUUCUGCGGUGAUACGCCAUCCCAUCUUGUUUGGGCUUAGUGGGACUAUCAUUUGUUUUUCAACAGGACAAUGACCCAACACACCUCCAGGCUGUGUAAGGGCUAUUUUACCAAGAAGGAGAGUGAUGGAGUGCUGCAUCAGAUGACCUGGCCUCCACAAUCCCCUGGCUCAACCCAAUUGAGAUGGUUUGGGAUGAGUCGGACCACAGAGUGAAGGAAAAGCAGCCAACAAGUGCUCAGCAAAUGUGGGAACUCCUUCAAGACUGUUGGAAAAGCAUUCCAGGUGAAGCUGGUUGAGAGAAUGCCAAGUGUGCAAAGCUGUCAUCAAGUUAAAGGGUGGCUAUUUUGAAGCUGGUUGAGAGAAUGCCAAGAGUGUGCAAAGCUGACUUGUUUAACAAUUUUUUGGUAACUACAUGAUUACAUAUGUGUUAUUUCAUAGUUUUGAUGUCUUCACUAUUAUUCUACAAUGUAGAAAAUAGUAAAAAUAAAGAAAAACCCUUGAAUGAGUAGGUGUGUCCAAACUUUUGACUGGUACUGUAAGUAUUCAGACUCUUUGCUAUGUCGCUCGAAAUUGAGCUCAGGUGCAUCCUGUUUCAAUUGAUCAUCCUUGAGAUGUUUCUACAACUUGAUUGGAGUCCUCCUGUGGUAAAUUCAAUUGAUUGGACAUUAUUUGGAUAGGCACACACCUGUCUAUAUAAGGUCCCACAGUUGACAGUGCAUGUCAGAGCAAAAACCAAGCCAUGAGGUCGAAGGAAUUGCCGUAGAGCUCAGAGACAGGAUUGGGUCGAGGCACAGGGGGAAGGGUACCAAAAUAUAUCUGCAGCGUUGAAGGUCCCCAAGAACACAGUGGCCUCCAUCAUUCUUAAAUGGAAGAAGUUUGGAAGCACCAAGACUCUUCCUAGAGCUGGCCGCCCGGCCAAACUGAGCAAUCGGGGAGAAGGGCCUUGGUCAGGGAGGUGACCAAAAACCGAAUGGUCACUGACAGAGCUCCAGAGUUCCUCUGUGGAGAUGGGAGAACCUUCCAGAAGGAAAACCAUAUCUGCAGCACUCCCCCAAUCAGGCCUUUAUGGUAGAGUGGCCAGACAGAAGCCACUCCUCAGUAAAAGGCACAUGACAGCCUGCUUGGAGUUUGCCAAAAGGCACCUAAAGGACUCUCAGACCAUGAGAAACAAGAUUCUCUGGUCUGAUGAAACCAAGAUUGAACUCUUUGGCUUAAAUGCCAAGCGUCACGUCUGGAGGAAACCUGGCACCAUCCCUACGGUCAAGCAUGGUGGUAGCAUCAUUCUGUGGGGAUGUUUUUCAGACUGGGGAGAAGGUUCCCCUUCCAACAGGACAACGACCCUAAGCACACAGCCAAGACGUCCUGAAGCCACUCCUGCGUUAAGUCUCUUAAUGUCCUUGAGUGGCCCAGCCAGAGCUCGGACUUGAACCCGAUCGAACAUCUCUGGAGAGACCUGAAAAUAGCUGUGCAGCAACGCUCCCCAUCCAACCUGACAGAGCUUGAGAGGACCUGCAGAGAAGAAUAGGAGAAAUUCCCCAAAUACAGGUGUGCUAAGCUUGUAGCGUCAUACCCAAGAACAUUCGAGGUUGUAAUCGCUGCCAAAGGUGCUUCAACAAAGUACUGAGUAAAGGGUCUGAAAACGUAUGUAAAUGUGAUAUUUCCGUUAAAAUAAUAAAUAAAUAAAUUACAUAAAUUUAUAAAAACCAGUUUUUGCUUUGUCAUUAUGGGGUAUUGUGUGUAGAUUGAUGAGGGAAAAAAACAAUUUAUUAAAUUUUAGAAUAAGGCUGUAACAUAACAAAAUGUGGAAAAGGUCAAGGGGUCUGAAUACUUUCCGAAUGCACUGUAUAUGGAACUUUAAGGUGUGUUUCAACAAUAUUUUAAUUGCUUCUGAAGUCAGAGUGAAACACUUAGAUAUGCACCUCAGCAAUUACAGCAGAUUCUUUAAAGGAUAUUAUUGUUUUCUUUUUGUAGGUUCUAAUAUGCCAAAGCACUUGUUACAUUGCUGAGGACCAGCUGUUUCAAUGGACAGAAAAGGUAAUGCUCUUGUGAUUGUAUUGUCGUCUUGUAGAGGUUGAUGCCCACUGCUUGAUAUGAAUACAUUACGCAGAUGUAAGGUUAUAAUUGGGGAGCUAUGGUGUCCAAAAACCAUUUGUCAGCAAUGGCUAAAGGUCUCUCACUGUCUGCUUUUCUCCCUCCUUCCCUCUGUACUAGGUGUUUGGCUGACUCCAGAAUAGAGGGCUCAAUGUGAUGGUGCUUUCAGACAGCCCUGUGGCUGAGUACAAAACGCCAGACUACCUCUACGGUAGCACCAUCCCCUUCCUACGCUCCUUCAAGAGCAGUGCCUACAAAAGCCAGGCCCUCUGCCCUGCAGUAGAGCAGCCCAACAUCCUCACUGGACUGCCAGCUGCAGGUACCGCCAUACUGUCUCUGCUCUCCAUGGGUUCAGGAAAAACGUCAUGAUCAUUCUUGGAUUAUUUUCACACAGAAUGACCCAAAUUGUAAAAUUAAUCUCUAUUCUUUCCUCAGUACUGAGCCACUGCCAAGUCCAUCAGAUUCCAGCUGUUCUGUACCAAUGUUACACUGAUGUCAUCAGCCCGGACUCAGUCACCAUGGAAACCUGCAAACCUGCUCUGACAAGUCUAAGCAAGUUGGUUAAAGUGAGUACUGUACACAGGAGGCUGCUGAGGGGAGGAUGGCUCAUAAUUCCUGGAACAGAGUGAAUGGAAUAGCAUCAAACACAUAGAAACCAUGUGUUUGAUGUAUUUGGUACCAUUCCACUAAUUCUGCUCCAGGCAUUACCACGAGCCGUCCUCCCCAAUUAAGGUGCCACCAACCUCCUGUGGGACUGUACAGUAUCCAAUAUCCCAGUAUCAUACAGUGAGGGAAAAAAGUAUUUGAUCCCCUGCUGAUUUUGUAACUUUGCCCACUGACAAAGAAAUGAUUAGUCUAUCAUUUUAAUGGUAGGUUUAUUUGAACAGUUAGGCCCUCUGUAGCUCAGUUGGUAGAGCAUGGCGUUUGCAACGCCAGGGUUGUGGGUUCGUUCCCCACGGGCGGCCAGUAUGAAAAAAGUAUGAAAAUGUAUGCACUCACUAACUGUAAGUCGCUCUGGAUAAGAGCGUCUACUAAAAUGUAAAAUGUAACAGUGAGAGACAGAAUAACAACAAAAAAAUCCAGAAAAACGCAUGUCAAAAAUGUUAUAAAUUGAUUUGCAUUUUAAUGAGGGAAAUAAGUAUUUGACCCCCUCUCAAUCAGAAAGAUUUCUGGCUCCCAGGUGUCUUUUAUACAGGUAACGAGCUGAGAUUAGGAGCACACUCUUAAAGGGAGUGCUCCUAAUCUCAGCUUGUUACCUGUAUAAAAGACACCUGUCCACAGAAGCAAUCAAUCAAUCAGAUUCCAAACUCUCCACCAUGGCCAAGACCAAAGAGCUCUCCAAGGAUGUCAGGGACAAGAUUGUAGACCUACACAAGGCUGGAAUUUGCUACAAGACCAUCGCCAAGCAGCUUGGUGAGAAGGUGACAACAGUUGGUGUGAUUAUUCGCAAAUGGAAGAAACACAAAAGAACUGUCAAUCUCCCUCGGCCUGGGGCUCCAUGCAAGAUCUCACCUCGUGGAGUUGCAAUGAUCAUGAGAACGGUGAGGAAUCAGCCCAGAACUACAUGGGAGGAUCUUGUCAAUGAUCUCAAGGCAGCUGGGACCAUAGUCACCAAGAAAACAAUUGGUAACACACUACGCCGUGAAGGACUGAAAUCCUGCAGCGCCCGCAAGGUCCCCCUGCUCAAGAAAGCACAUAUACAUGCCCGUCUGAAGUUUGCCAAUGAACAUCUGAAUGAUUCAGAGGAGAACUGGGUGAAAGUGUUGUGGUCAGAUGAGACCAAAAUGGAGCUCUUUGGCAUCAACUCAACUCACCGUGUUUGGAGGAGGAGGAAUGCUGCCUAUGACCCCAAGAACACCAUCCCCACCGUCAAACAUGGAGGUGGAAACAUUAUGCUUUGGGGGUGUUUUUCUGCUAAGGGGACAGGACAACUUCACUGCAUCAAAGGGACGAUGGACGGGGCAAUGUACCGUCAAAUCUUGGGUGAGAACCUCCUUCCCUCAGCCAGGGCAUUGAAAAUGGGUCGUGGAUGGGUAUUCCAGCAUGACAAUGACCCAAAACACACGGCCAAGGCAACAAAGGAGUGGCUCAAGAAGAAGCACAUUAAGGUCCUGGAGUGGCCUAGCCAGUCUCCAGACCUUAAUCCCAUAGAAAAUCUGUAGAGGGAGCUGAAGGUUCGAGUUGCCAAACAUCAGCCUCGAAACCUUAAUGACUUGGAGAAGAUCUGCAAAGAGGAGUGGGACAAAAUCCCUCCUGAGAUGUGUGCAAACCUGGUGGCCAACUACAAGAAACGUCUGACCUCUGUGAUUGCCAACAAGGGUUUUGCCACCAAGUACUAAGUCAUGUUUUGCAGAGGGUCAAAUACUUAUUUCCCUCAUUAAAAUGCAAAUCAAUUCAUAACAUUUUUGACAUGUGUUUUUCUGGAUUUUUUUGUUGUUAUUCCGUCUCUCACUGUUCAAAUAAACCUACCAUUAAAAUUAUAGACUGAUAAUUUCUUUGUCAGUGGGCAAACGUACAAAAUCAGCAGGGGAUCAAAUACUUUUUUCCCUCACUAUAGGAGUGAUACAAUGAACACAUUUGUUUUCUUAAGAGCGGUGUGUAUCUUCCUUUUGCUGAUCUCUCGCUCUCCCUCCCUCCCCGCACCUUUAACCACCAGUUGGAGCCUUGUCCGAGUGCAGACGUCCUCCCAAAGGUUUGCCAAAAUCAACGAGGCUCAGAGUAACCUGUAUACC